UCCAUAAAAAGAACUUUAUUGAUUUUCUCUAAUAAAUAUCAAUUGUACUUAUCAGAAUGAAGUUUGCCUUCGAGUUACAUUUGCCGUCACAAUCAUAAAUCUGAAUAUCAAUGGUACGCAAAAUCGUCUACCGUUUGAUUUGACUUCAGCACAGAUUUCCGGCUAUUGUGCCAAAGAAGCAAAGGGUGAUGCGUUGCUUACAGCUACUUCUGUGCACAAUAAUAGAGAGAAAGUCAUGCGAUUUUAUUUUGGCACGAAAACCGUGCUUGUAAAGAAGUACGAGGAACUGCGCUGGCAGCUUCGCAAUGUGGUUUACGAGGAGAGCUACAAAGAUGAAACCGUGACGUUCAAGUCAGACAACUCGUCAAUCAUCAUAACAGCUCCAUUGGCACAGAAAUAUGUUUGCAAGGAUCGUAUCAAUAUUACUUUGCACUCACAAGGAUACAAGUGCGUUUCUAUACCAUUUGAACAACAUUAA